AUGGCAAUCGAGGUCUUUGCUUUUUCAGACAUCAUGCAACCCAAGGCGAAAUCGGACAUUCUGGUCGGUAUUAUCUUACCCCUAUCCAUCGGCCUCUGUCUGCGUUGCGCCACAAUGCUGCACCCCUAUUCCGGUGCUGGCUCACCGCCGAUGUUUGGCGACUUUGAAGCCCAACGUCACUGGAUGGAAAUAACUGUAAAUCUUCCCGCACGCAGUUGGUACUUCAACUCCUCAGAAAAUGAUCUCAACUACUGGGGUCUGGAUUAUCCCCCGCUGACGGCCUACCACAGCUACCUUCUUGGAAGCAUUGCUCAGAAGGUGAACGCCUCCUGGGUGGAGUUGUAUGCCUCAAGAGGGCUGGAAACCGCCGAACAUAAGGUUUUUAUGCGCUACACCGUUCUCCUCUCUGAACUCCUAACCUACACCCCAGCUGUCAUCUACUUCGUCUGUACUGCUGUCAAGCACCUCACGAUGACGCCCUGCGUCGGUCCAGGUGUCCUUUCGCUCCUCAUGUUUUCAUAUCCCGGCUUGAUACUGAUAGAUCAUGGUCACUUUCAGUACAAUUGUGUGAGCCUUGGUCUUUUUCUCUCGGCCUUCGGUCUCUUCUGCAGCGAUCACAGUGUCCUUGGCACCAUCUCCUUCUGCCUGGCCUUGGCCUACAAGCAAAUGGAAUUAUAUCAUGCUCUGCCCUUUUUCUGCUUCCUUCUCGGCCGUUGUCUUUGUCAGACACCGAGGCGUGCCGCUCUUCAGUUCUUCUACCUGGCUGCUACGGUUUGCACCACUUUUGGUCUGGUAUUGCUUCCCUUCCUGUCCUCGAGGGAGCAGUUGGCGCAGAUUGGCUAUCGCUUGUUUCCCCUUGCUCGCGGCCUCUUUGAGGAUAAGGUAGCAAACUUUUGGUGCAUUUCUUCCCUGCUGAUAAAGUGGCGGACCCUCCUCUCCACCCAGGCCAUUCUUGUCGCCUGCACGCUCCUCACUCUCCUCGCCGCCUUACCCGCCUGCGUCAACCUCCUCCGGCGUCCGACCAAACCUCGCCUGGCGCAUGCCCAAGUUGUCGUCUCGCUGGCCUUCUUCCUGUUCUCCUACCAGGUUCACGAGAAGUCCAUCCUCUUGUGUGCUGUUCCGGUGCUCUGUAUGUUCCCCCUCACUCCCAUAGCCUCCUUCUACUUUUGUGUGGUCUCUACCCUCAGUCUUUGGCCCCUCCUUCUUAAGGACGGUCUUGCUCACGCCUGCAUUGUUUUGUCCGUGUGCUUUUAUGCUUUAGGAUUGGCUUUUAUCCACUUCAACCCCUCUGGUAGGGACCCACUUGCCUUGCCGGCCUUUUGGCCUCUGAAUGUGUCCAUGGUAAUCUACUUUGGCCUAUUUGGCCUCCAGGCGAUAGUCAGCCCUCCCGCCAGUUAUCCUUUCAUUUUCUCGCUAGCUGUUAACGCAGUCAGUUUUGGCCACUUUGUUGGGUUCUUUUGCUUUUGGUACUGGUGUCUUUUUCGAUUACCGAGAUCUUCUUGA